GACAUAUCAGAAAGAAGAAGGAAGGUGCUGUCAGUGAGGUUCUGUGAACAAAUAGAAGAAGUAAUUAAAUGGAAAAAGGAAACACUACAAGGAAUUUCAUACGUUUGCUGGGCAUUUAAUUAACAAUAAUUCGGUUAAAGAUGUACAGGGAUCGUAAUAUGGAGUUCCAGUUUGGAUUCAUGUUUCCCGAGAUCAAUCGAAACUUUAGUGUUUCCUAUUUCUGUUACUCGGUAGCUAUGCUACCGGGUAACGAAAGACAAGAUGUUGAAAGAGGAGGAAAAAUUAUAAUGCCACCAUCUGCGUUGGAACAGUUGACGAGACUGAAUAUUAGCUAUCCCAUGUUGUUUAAAUUGACAAAUAAGAAAGCUAACAGAGUUUCUCAUUGUGGUGUGCUUGAAUUUGUUGCUGAUGAGGGUAAAGUGUAUUUACCACACUGGAUGAUGCAGAAUAUGAACCUUAGAGAGGGAGACUCCAUUCAAGUGGAGAGCAUUGAUCUUCCAGUUGGAACCUUCUCAAAAUUCCAACCAGUUUCUCCCGAUUUUCUGGAUAUCACAAAUCCAAAAGCUGUCUUAGAGAAUUGUUUGAGAUCAUUUGCUUGUUUAACUAAAGGAGAUGUUAUUGCUGUAAAAUACAAUCAGAAAAUAUAUGAAUUGUCUGUGUUAGAAACAAAACCAGGUGAUGCUAUCAGUAUCAUUGAAUGUGAUAUGAACGUCGAAUUUGCUGCCCCUAUAGGAUAUAAAGAACCUGAAUUUCGUAAAAAAGAGGAUGAAGAGAUGGCUGUAGACCCUGCUGACCUCAUGCCAGAACCUUCGGGCUUUGUACCAUUUGGUGGUACGGGUAACCGAUUGGAUGGUAAGGUCCGCAAGGACUCAACAUCUUCAGAUAUGCCAGCUCCUAAAGCGACCUAUGUGAGGGGCAUCCCUGAUUAUGACUAUCAAAUUGGAACUAUCACUUUCAUGAGGAAAAGCACUAAAACCAAUAAUACUAAGGACAAGGAGGAAAAAGAUGAUUUUAAACCGUUCAGUGGUUCUGGAAAUGUUUUGAAGGGAAGGAUUUGACUUUUUUCAUUUAAGAUUCUUUAGAAUUUAUGUUUGAAAAACUUAUUUAAUCAAUAUAUAUCAUCAUCUGAA